CAGGGCCAGGUGCCGCCCCUGAACAUCUGGAUCUGGGGACGCGGCAAUCUCCAUUUCUCCCACCGGUCUGCCAUCGGCAAAACCCGUCCAGCACCCGAAUUCUCGACCCGGCCAACCAACCUGAGGCGCGGGCGGUUCCCCCAGGUUUUGCACGCGUUUCCGCAUUGUGCGCCGUCCAACACAGCAUCGACAAUUGAAGGGUCUCCCCCACCGACGCCACGCCGCCCCGAGUUGGCGCGGCACAGCAUCACGCCCAAGUACCGGGACCUGCCGGUCGCCGAAACAUACAAUACACCAUGCCUCAAGCCCGCCCACCCAAGCGACCCAGCGACGCCGGCGAUGGGCCAGCCGAUGCUGCCUCGGUGCCCAAGGUGAAACUGGCGCGUCUCGAGCGCGGACCCGAGGAGUUUUCCAAUGUCGUGAAGAGCAAGCUGCAGUCGUACACGCGCACCGGGCAGGCGUGCGAUCGGUGUAAGGUCCGCAAAAUCCGUUGCGACGCCCUCGCCGAAGGCUGCUCGCAUUGCGCCACCCAGAAUCUCGAGUGUUACGUGACCGACCGCGUCACGGGCCGCACCGAGCGGAGGGGCUAUCUCCAACAACUCGAGCGCGAGAAGGGUGCCAUGCUCGUCCAUAUCCGCGAGCUCGAAAAGCUCCUGGAGAACAACGGCGUCGAAGUAAGGCCGUGGCAGUUUCCCGGGUACACGACCACGUAUCCCCCAGAUAUUCCCCGCGACCACCUUGGCGUUCCCGACCCGUCUUUCAAGGACCAAUGGCAGCAGGUCGGCUUGGUAUGGGUGAAGAACAGUCAACAGAAGCCGCCAUCCAACAGCGGCAGCACCCAUACGCCAUGGUCGAUGCUCGCGUCCAGGCCGAAAGACAGCUACUUGGGUGUGUCCUCGGACAGCGCACCUCUCAGCUCCAUCAAGGGAACCACCUUAUCCAUCCUCGGGACCACGAUUGACCUGACAUGUUUUGACGCCCCGGACAUCGAUGAGCCUCCUCCCGGAGCCCCCAUCGGCUCGCCGCUUUACAACAAAUCCGUCAUGGCCCUGCUCCAAUCCUGCCUCAACAUCAACCCCCCGCAGAGCAAUGUCGAGCUGCCCUCGAGGAAUGAUGCGUUCACAUAUGCCGAGUGGUAUUUCCUCAUGGUCUGGCCAUUCCUUCCAAUCCUGCACAAACCCUCUUUUAUCCAGCUUUUGACACGUAUUUAUGACGACCCAACCUUCAAGCCGACAGUGCCGGAGCUGGUCGUCGUGCACAUGGUUUUCGCCACAAUUUAUUUUCAAUACGGCGUUAGGAACCAGGAGGAGCCCGAGAAGCAUGCCCAACUCAACGAACUGUCCAACAAGCAUUACCACUGGAGCUUGAACAAGUUUUUUGACCUCGCCACUUCUCAUGCGGUGACGUCUGUCCAGGCCCUGGCCAUGAUUGCAUCGCAUACUCGGAACUUCCCCAAGCCCGAGUGCUCUCUGGCCGUCGCCAGCUACGCGUUUGGGAAAGCCAUCGAGAUGAAUCUUCACAGAGCUGUCAAGAUACCAGGUGGCGGGACAACAAUAGAUAACGAAGUGCGCAAGCGAAUAUGGUGGGCUACCGUCGCCAUCCUGUGCACCCUGAACGGCCGACUCGGCCGGCCGAUGCCCAUCUCGGUGGAAGAGUUUGACGUCGGCUUCCCUCUCGCUAUCAACGAUGAGUACAUUGGAGAGGAAGGGAUAUUGGAUCCUUCCAAGAUCGGCCAUUGCAACUACAGUGUCGGCCUGACAGGCUUCAAGAUCACCCCUCUUUACAUCGAGAUGUAUUCCAAAAUCUACAGCGUGCGGCGAGACCCUAGCAAGUACGUCCAAGUGGUCAGCCAACUUGAAGAGGCGUUGCGGAACCUUUUGGAUGAGCUGCCCGACGAGCUGAGACUGGACAAAUGCCAGCCCACGAGCCAAAUCUUCGCGCUCUACACCCAGGCAUUCUGUCUCGAAUUCACCCUCUGUCUCAGGCACCCCUCCGUUUGUCUGGCUGAUGAUGCCAAAAUCGUCGCCGAAAACACUAGGGUCUGCGAGGAGACGGCUCGGAAGCUUCUCAAGGUGGUUGGAUCGCUGUUCAAGUUGAAGUCAUUGGACACAACCUGGUACCAGCAGGCGGUCUACGUUGGUGCCAUUUUCUCGACACUCGUGGCACACUGGCAACGGCGCUACGAAAUAACCGCCUUUGAGGUUGCCGCCCUUCGUGAAGACAUGUCACUGUGGUUGAACAUCAUCGGGGAAAUAGGUCGACUUUUAGGCACGGGCAAUCGUCUUGCAACCGAGAUAGGCGCCAUCAUUGAGCGAACCAUCAACUGGAUCGAGCAAGACAUGGGCCGUAAGUCCGGGUCACCAGCCGGCCAGAUUCCCAUCAAACAGCAGUCCCCAUCAUACCAACAAGCCGUGAAACCAAAACAACAAACAAGCAACGCACUAGUUCCCGGCGGUGUAGGCGCGACUACCGCCUCCGAGCAACGGAACGGUGGUACCACAAACGGGAACUAUUACGAACCCAGCGUCACCACCGCCGCCGCCUACCCGUCUCUCAGCUACGGCGAUCAGGCCGCCGGUGGGGUUGCCGCUAACCAGAGCAAUACCGGGGCAGUCGACUCUCCCGAUGGGGCACAGUAUCUCUAUGCAGCAGCCUCGGCCGCUGCAGCGGCAACCGCAUCGAACGCGACGGCGGCAAUGGAGCAAGCGGCUGCGGCGCAAAAUCCCCUGAUCGCCUUCGCUUCCCAAGCAACACAACACGUCGCGGGACAGGCGACAGACAACUGGCCCGCGCAACCCCCAUUAAUGGCGCAUAACGCGCCCCCCACCAAUACAUGGCAAGACUGGACAAAUGCGAUCCAAGACACGCAGGACCGGUAUAGCGCCAACGCCCUCCUCACGCUCAACUCUGGACGGCCGGGCGAUGUCGGCACCGGCGGGGUCGUCGACCACGUCAACCAAGACGACGCAAUGGGCAGCGCACAUUCAGGACAGUGGCCCCUCCUAGUGUUUCAUGACGGAUCUGGUGGUGUGAGCGGCCCAUGAGGGCAUCCUUUUCUUUGUCUUUAUAUACACCUUUUCCCCAAUCGCUAUUGAUACCACGGUAUAUGGAUUCUUCCUUUCGGUCAGCAUGAACUCGGCUUGCUUGCUGGGUCACCUCUCGUCUAGGAUCUGUCUCGGCUUUUUGUGGAGCUAGGAUGAUUUGGCAAUGUGGUAUAAUAUCUGGGUCUCACGCAUUUCAGUUAGAAACGGCGGGAGGUGUUCGGGGGUCUCUAAAUGGAAGCAACAGGCAACAACAUACUCUCGGCUGGUUUUUUGGGCCACAUGGUCUCGGCGCUCUGUAUUUCCGGAACUAGUUUCAAGGUGUCGUCCGUGGGGGAUCGGACCUCAUCUCUAAUUGCCUCUAGGUUGAGGCCUUUUUCUAUGUAGUUCACUCGGGGUGGUGGAAAAUACAACGAAGUGCGAUCCCGAAACUGCGAUCCCGAAACUGCGAUCCCAC